AUGGGAGGAGCGGUGCCAGAAUUAUACGGAGGAGACAUGCUAAAAGAGUUGGAGAAUCGGUUAAAGGCAAGCCUAGGUUUAUUAGAGAAUCCACCUCGACAAGCACCACCACCACCAUCAUCACUCACACAACGUAACACGCCUCUUCCGCCACCAUUACCGUCUGAUAUGGAUGAUGACGUGCUGAUGGACGAUGAGCUUUUUGAUGAUGAUAUUGAUUAUGCUGAACUAGAGCGUAUGGAAGCUGACCCGAUCGAGCAAUUUGACUCUACCAUAGAUGAUAUGUCGCUGGAUAAGGAUGACGACUUCUUUGAUGACCUUGAUCAAUUGUCAUUAAAUAAUAACAAUCUCUUGAGGAGUGUGCCUUCUAAUAACGAAUUUGAUUAUGACGAAAUAACACUGGCAGAAGAGAAUAUUGUAUCAAGCAUACAGCAAGACACUGCUCAACCAUCUUCUUCAGCUAGAACAAUCAAUAACACAUCAUCCAUAUCCUUGUCUAAGAAAACACACGCCACUUUAGACGACAGUCAUCCACCUAAAAAGCGAAUCAACUUGGGAAAGAAAACCGAGACAACCUCUUCGAUGACAUUAUCAAAACAUACCGUCGAUUUGACAGUGGAUGAUGAUGAAGACAUUCAUCCCGAGCGAUCAACACAGGCUGAAUUGGAAAGCGUGUCUUGGAUUGAUGAAAGUGUCUGGAACGAUCUAAACGAGGCGGCUAGGGAAUCAAAUAACGGUAAUGAAGGCAUCUUUGUGGAUGAUCAAGGCAAAACACAUAUCACAUUUGCUAAGCUUCAAGAGACACUAAAAUUGAUGGAAAGUGAUAAUUACAGCAGUUAUUUACCAGACGUGGUCAUUGUACGAGCCAAAUGCGUGCAGUUUGGAAAGCUGGUUACUUCUAAUCGACUGUAUUCUUUGGUUUUAUAUUUUGAUGAUCCAGAUCAGCAAACAGGUCAUCCUGUUCAGGUCGUAUUUAGUAACGAUGCUCUAACAAAAUUGUUAAAUGCCAGAAGACAAGACGUGGUUAAUGUAAAUGCUUCUGGUGGCCAGAAAGCGGUUUUACGUCAGAUAUUUAAACCAUUUGAUAAAAAAGUAAGAAAUGCUAUAGCCGAUAUCGAGAUAGACUUGUCUAUCACACAAAAAUCGAAUGAUGCAAAUACCGGUGCAAGUCUUAUGCCAAUGGGCAUUGGCUACACUGGUGUAUCAAGGUAA